UGUUACAGGUUAAGGCAGCAUGAACUGGACUGAUCAUGAAACCGUGUCCAUGACGGCUGGUUUGGAAGCAGGAAAGAGUGAAUUCAGUUAUGGUCAAUUUUCAACAACGAUGGCUUACAUUUCCUUGGAUCACGAUAAUUUGUCUAUGUCGACAGGUGGUUUUACCAGUGAACAUACUACAACCGAGAAUCUAGUCGUAUCAUUGACCGUCGAAUAUUUCAACUCAAAAGAAGUACCACUUUACAUACCCGCGCUUGUAUACACAUUUCUCCUCCUUAUCAUCGGUGUCCCCGGAAACUCAAUAGUCCUUUACGUUUACUUCCAGAAAUGGGGACGCAGUUCCACAAGGACUUUCAUUCUGGGAUUAGCUAUGUUAGACUUAGUGAACUGUCUCGUGACUUAUCCGAUGGAAAUUGCUCUUAUGCUACGCCCAUUUGUAUUCGACUACCCAGUGUUGUGUAAGGUCACUCGGUUCAUUACUUACGGUUGUAACACGUCUAGUGGGCUGGUUCUUAUAGCAAUUGCUGUGGACAGGUACCAACGUAUCUGCAGACCUUUAAACAAGCCCAUGACAACCGACACUGCCAAAAUUAUCAUCUUCAGUACUAUUGGAAUUGCUGUACUAUUUUUAUGGCCAGCACUGGUUCUGUAUGGAACACAAAGCAUUCCUGUGACAAAAACAGCCAUUUUAAAGCUUUGUCUGAUCCAGGAUAAUUACGUUACCACUGAUUAUCCUUUGAUAUUCUUUGUGUUCAAUGGGGUUUGCACUGUGAUCAUAUUCCUAAUUUUGUCAAUAGUAUAUUCAAUUGUAGGUGUAAAAGUCUGUAAACUUCGCACUUUCCGAUCAAAGUCACGCUCUGUGACGUCACUAUCAGACUACGUAGAUGAGGAUGAUCAGCUGUAUUUAGGAGACCGUGAUGGUUCGUGCAAAUCACAAGAGGAGUUUCUUCCGAUGAAAGGUAUAAAUACGCAGAUUGAAAAUGGUGCAAAAGAAGACAGACCUCCAGCACCUGGUGCUAUCAAACUAGUCUUCAAGACUACUUCUGAUACUUUGAAAAAGGCGAGAAAGUCAGUGUCAGACAAACGCUUCAGAAGAGUUGGAAAAACUACUAUAAUGUUAUUUCUUGUGACUGUUUUGUAUGUUAUCUGCUUUACGCCAUUCUUAGGAAUUGCAUUUCACAGAACGAUUCACAAAGAGUCGUUCAAAUUUCUCACAAGGUCUCAGAAAAUGGCGUUUUACUUGAUCUUGAGAUCUUACAUGUUGAACUGUGCCAUAAACCCUUUAAUUUAUUCUUUUUGUAAUAACCUCUUCAGAAAAGAAUGUACAUAUCUCUUCAAGAAGUUAUUUCGUCAAAGCAGUAGAUAAGAUGUAUAAUUGCUUGAUAAUUUCAUUAAUAUACCUAUAGCUUGUAUAUGUAUGAUAAAAAUUAAAGCUUGUAUCUCGUGAUUUUAAACAAUGUAAGGAAAAUUUGGAAGAGCAGUAAAUGUUAAAUUUGACAA